UUGAAGCUCUUCUUGCUCGACACUAGGGCCGACCUGAAAGGUGCCCUGGGACCACUAACAUCUCGCAACCCUUCCAGAGUCGACCGACUCCCCAAACAAAUAUUCCAGACGGUCCAGAUCAUUGCUGGUCCGCCCAGCCAUCAGCGACAAUGACAGCCUCACAAGAAAAGAUUACGGUCUACAACCUCGCAGACCUCAAAAACACCAGCGACGACGCCUUGCCCAACUAUCUCAACAGCAUCGGCUUCACGCAGUCCCACCGCCUGACCGACGUGCGCCUGGCGCUCGGCUACUCGGCCUUCGCGCUCGCCGCCGCCUGUUUCGCCUGGGACUACCGGUACGGCUUCGAGGCGACCAAGUACCUGACGGCGGCCGCGGUCGCCGCCUACGCGCUGCUCAACGGCGCGCUGACGGCCUGGGUGCUCUACGUCGAGCGCGGCACCGUCUACGUCGGCACCAGCCGCGACGGCGGCGAGACGCUGCGCAUCUCCACGUCCACCCGCAAGAACGUGCCCGAGUACUUUGUCACCGUCGAGGUCACGCGCAAGGACGGCGGGCGGGAGGAGAUCAAGUUCGCCCGCUCCUUCACCGAGUGGUUCGAUGCCGCGGGGCACUUCGUGGCCGCGCCGUUUCAGGCCAUGUUUGCUAGCAGCGUGCCGGUGAUUGGAAAGGCCGAUCCGAAGAGGGCGGCGGCGGCGAAGGGCAAGGAAGGCGGGGAUGGUGAGGAAGCGGCGACGUAUACGCCCGAGAUGCUGGAUAUGCUGGCGAAAGCCAACGUGAGCGUUGUGGGGUCCGCGGCCGAGGAGGCGACCGGAUCGCAGGCGGCCGCGGGGAAGAAGGGGGGAAAGAGGAGAAAGGCGUGAGUUUGAGACGGGGGUCGGUGACAGCGCGGCAAACCGAGCAAUGGAUCCUGGUGCCGGGCAUAUAUAUGAUUGGGUUGGUAGAAAGGAAACCCAAUUGGAUCGAUGCCCGGCAUGCACUGCACUUUGCGAGGCAUGGCAUCUAGACUCGACUACCAGGCAAGCUGAGCCAGAUUACCCCUACG